CGCCCGCUUCCGCUCCUCGCCGGCUGCCUCCGGGUCGCGGCCGGCCUGAGGAGGGGCGGUGGCGGCGGUGGCUCCCAUCGCCCUUCUCCCGCUGCCGCUCGGCACCGCUGAGGCCUCUCCUGGCGGUGAGCGGCGCCGGGGCAGGGGCGCGUUUGGUGGGGUGGAGGCGGUCGGUGGGGCCGUAGGUCUGUCUGUAGGUCUGUCUGUCCCUCGGCGGCCCGCCUGAAGCGCCGUUCUCGGGCCGCCCUUCUCCUCUUUAGCAUCGCCGCGACCUGGUAAAGCUUUAGCUUGCGGCCCUGGAGCUGCGGGGUCUCUGUCUGCUGGGUGUUCUCCUGGAGGAGAGGUGUUGGGUUUUUCAGUACCAGUGGGAUAGCGUUUCCCAUACAAAGGUUUAAGUUUAUUUUACUGUACAAGCUCCUCGCUGCCAUAAUGAGGCUAGUCAUUCUUGAAGAUUACGAUCAGGCAAGUGAAUGGGCAGCAAAAUACAUCUGCAAUCGUAUUAUCCAAUUCAAGCCUAGUCAAGGAAGGUAUUUCACGCUUGGUCUACCAACAGGGAGUACGCCCUUGGGAUGCUACAAAAAGCUGAUAGAAUAUCACAAGAAUGGAGAUCUCUCUUUCAAAUAUGUAAAGACGUUCAACAUGGAUGAAUAUGUAGGGCUUCCCAGAAAUCAUCCAGAGAGCUAUCAUUCGUAUAUGUGGAAUAACUUCUUUAAGCAUAUUGACAUAGACCCAAAUAAUGCUCAUAUCCUUGAUGGGAAUGCUCCAGACUUACAGGCAGAAUGUGAUGCGUUUGAAAAGAAAAUUGAAGAAGCAGGGGGGAUCGAUCUGUUUGUUGGAGGCAUUGGUCCAGAUGGCCACAUUGCAUUCAAUGAACCCGGAUCAAGUUUGUCUUCAAGAACAAGAUUAAAGACUUUAGCAAUGGACACCAUUUUGGCAAAUGCUAAGUACUUUGAUGGAGACUUAUCUAAAGUACCAACUAUGGCGCUAACAGUUGGUGUGGGUACAGUGAUGGAUGCUAGAGAAGUGAUGAUUCUUAUAACAGGUGCACAUAAGGCUUUUGCAUUGUACAAAGCGAUUGAAGAAGGCGUCAAUCACAUGUGGACAGUUUCUGCUUUCCAGCAGCACCCUCGUACUAUCUUUGUGUGUGAUGAAGAUGCUACUUUAGAACUAAGAGUUAAAACUGUGAAGUACUUUAAAGCGCUCCAAUAUUUUCUGAAUAGGAAAUAAACAAUACUUCAAGUCACAACUGUGGGUAAUUUGUAUAUGACAAGAAAAAAUCUAUACUAGAAUAGGAACUAGUCAAGUUCUAAAUCAAGUUCACCGUUGAACUACUCAAGUUCUAAAUCUGCAUUAACAGUCUGAUUUCUGCCUGUGUAGGACCAGAAGUAUAUGAUUAAUUGCAAAGAUACCACAAUGCUAGAAUGUUGCAACUCAAGCUGUAAAAGUAUUAGUAUGUAUAAAUCUGAUUUUUAUGGCAAAUUGUGAUAUAAAGAAUUUUAUGUUGCUAUUACGCAGUUUUUAGUACAAAGGAGAGAUGGGUGGAUCUCUCAUCAUGUGUUCAAUUGAUUUGGAAGUAUUCCAGAUCUUUUUGACUGGUUUAUUACAGCUGUCUUGUCCCUGUUCAGUUUAUACUGAAGAUGUCAAUAGUAUUUAAGUGAUAAAGGAAUAUAUAUAUAUAUAUAUAUAUAUAUAUAUAUAUAUAUAUACACACACACACACACACACACACACAUAUAUAUAUAUAUAUAUAUAUGCAUGCUGUCUUAACUUACUUACUUCUGAUUUUAACCUACCUUGAAUAGCCAUUCUCUUUCUCUUCAGUGAACUGUUUAAAAUGUGUAAUUUGAAGUAAAGCCCAAAUAAAAAUGUGGAUAGAGAGAAAUGUUGAAAAAGUAUAACAAUUGUAAAGCUGGCAUUGUUGCUUUCCCCUCAAGGUUUAAUGCAUGUGCACAAUAAACUUGUGGACCCACUGUACAGUAUGAAAGAAAACUGAAAGAAGAAUUGAAGAAGAACUCCAUGUGGGUCAACAGCAACAGUUUUAGGUAGCAGAUGAGUUCACUGCUAUGCAAUAUGUUGAAAACUGUUUAAAAUGGGGAAUCCAUGUACUGUAUUUUUUAAAGGUCCAAUAUCUGUACAUUUACAUUCCAUCUCUAUUUGCUGUGUCAUGCCUUUUGCUUUAACACUUGGAACUCUGGCUGUUACAAUAACUAAAUGGAACAGAACAAACCUGUGGGAGACUGCAUGUUACAUAGGGGUGGAGGGGGGUGGGUGGGGCAGAGCACUUAUUUUAGCACAGCAAUGUAAUGCAUCUGUUAGAAUAUCUUAUUUCUAAGAAUUUAUAAUUUUGGCUCCAUUAGUGCAACUACACUUUGCAUUUGUGUUUCUAGGCAGAAUGGUUUUGGCCUUUGUUAAAUACUAUGGACUUGUAAUAGCUGUACACUUUCUACUAUGAAAUGUUCUGUUUACGUGUAUCUAAUGCACACUGAGCUUUUGCACUUGGUUGCCUUAAAUUUAUCUUAUACAAACAGUUUUGGGGCAUCUCAAGUCCUGCUGUACAAUUCAGGCAAAUAAAAAUACAAAAACAGUGCCUAUAAAUGCACCCAAUUCUUGAAAGUGUCAUAACUUAUUCUAGUUGCAAACAUUAAACUUCUGUCAUAGUACUUUCUUCUCUCAUGUAUUUCAAAUUAGUUUAGGAUUUUUCAAUUUUUUUUAUAAUUGAGCUUUAUCCAUAAGGAAAAAGCGAGGUGUUCCUUUCUGGAGAUAUGUUUAACUGUAUCAGCUGUUACCUGCAAAAAGGUUAAUUUCUAGGAACAUAAUGUCUACUAGUUUAAAUUAUCAUGUAUUAAAGUCACUGUUAACCACUCUGUAAUAAUUACCUCUCAUUGUAUCACUAUAAAUAUUGAUCUGUUACAAGGAAUGUUAUUUCCUACUUUGAAAAAGUAAAAUGUAAAUAUAAAUAUCA